GAGAGUGACCCCUGGACCGGCCAAAGUCGCGUGCCACUGCGUCCCCGUGUCCAGCGCCUACGUCCCGCCGCCGUCGCCACCAUGCCCAAGAGAAAGGCUGAAGGGGAUGCUAAAGGAGAUAAAACCAAGGUGAAGGACGAACCACAGAGAAGAUCUGCAAGGUCAUCUGCUAAACCUGCUCCUCCAAAGCCAGAGCCCAAGCCUAAAAAGGCCCCUGCAAAGAAGGGAGAGAAGGUACCCAAAGGGAAAAAGGGGAAAGCUGAUGCAGGCAAGGGUGGGAAUAACCCUGCAGAAAAUGGAGAUGCCCAAACAGACCAGGCACAGAAAGCUGAGGGUGCAGGAGAUGCCAAGUGA